AUGAUUAAGAUUGUAUUUUUCUGUACUGCCCUAGCAAGGGAUUUGCACUGGGAGAGUCAAAGCGCCAACCUGUAUUCAAACUUUCAAGAAGUUCUUGAUGUGGAAGUCGACUGGCUCAAAUUUAAAUCAUUCCGCAACAAAACUGUUCACGAGUUCAAAAAAACUAUGAACGGGCUAAAAAUAAAUGCUGAGCGGGUUGGAGGUUCAACAUACUUGUCGCCCGAUAUUAACAUGACCUUGCCCACUGAGGUCGAUUGGAGAAAGAAGGGACUCGUCACGCAAGUAAAAGAUCAGGGUCACUGUGGAUCAUGCUGGGCUUUCAGUGCCACCGGUUCAUUGGAAGGUCAACACAUGAGGAAGACAGGAGAGUUGGUCGAACUCAGUGAGCAGAACCUUGUCGACUGCUCUUUCAAUUAUGAUAACAACGGUUGCAAUGGUGGUCUCAUGGACAAUGCUUUCAAAUACAUCAAAGCUAACAAAGGCAUUGACACUGAAAAGGCUUACCCAUACGAGGCUAAACAUCUCAACGUCAAAUUCGGCGUGCGGGUUAUUUUCUAUUUUCAUAUUAACGUCGAAUUCUCACGCUUUACACCGUUCAAACGUAUUCGCCGUCUCGUGAUUCGCACGCCUUAUAGGAUUUCAACGUCAAAUUCGAAGUGCUUGUGCCUCACGAUUUAUAAUUUCAAGCGUCGUAUUCACCCGCGAUUCGCACGCCUUAUACCAUUUCAACGUCUAAUUCGCUAA